CACCGAACUCGACCCUUCGUCUCGUGUUGGAUACAAACUAAAGCAUGCAGCACUUCAUGGUGCACAACGCUACGAUGAAGCUAUCGAGACCCUCCAAACGAUGCUGUCAAAAUUGGACAGUUCUUCUAACAUGCAAAUGCGAAGUGAGCAGUAAGCAACCCAUGUUGUCGAGAUGCUCAACUUUUUCUUCAGAGCUGCGCAAGCAAUAUGUCAGCCCCUCCGAAGCAGAACACGCCAUUCGAAAGGUCAUCGAUGUUCAACUCGACAUUGCCCCGCUUCGUCUACUUAACGCCACAACCGGACUCCUAUGUGACCUGAGAAGCGCAGAUAAGACCUCCAAGCGGAGCCCAUCGAAGAAGCAGUUGCGACAUACUUUCGUUGUGUCACUUUCGCAUAGGUGGGAAGGGAAGGAGCCGUUGUUGCAUGAUAUCAAGGACAAGGUCGUCUACGAGUUGCAGGCAGCCGGCCAGGCGGUGUCGUGAAGUUGCAAUCAUUAUGCAACUUGGUUUGUAGCAAGACGGAGUAUCACCAGCUGGGCAAGCAGCGACUACGAAUUCGUGCGAUGUCUGUAGCCAUAUAACGUAGCAGUACGAUACAAUACCACUCUAAAGAGCUUUCCAUGCUCAGCGUGGACGACAAAACGAAUCCACUUGCCCGCCUUGCCUAUCUCAAAUCGCCUAUAUAUAUAUAUGGAUGAGUUGUGAAUGUAAAAGUCGUGAGUGAGUAAAAAAAUGAAUAGACUACGACAGGUCCAAAAAUAUUUUCGAGAAAUACUUCCUCACGCCUUCUGCACCAUGAACGAUCGCCCCAAUCACCCCGUCCGGCCGUAUCACAAACACUUUCGU